AUGAACAGCCAGAUGCGAUGCAAUGCUAAGGAAUUGGCUUCACUGGCUAGAAGGCCAUCGUCUUGUUUUGACAAGGAAGGAAAUCUGAAGAUAUGCAGAGUGUUCGGGAAUGAGCCAAGAGAGAGAUGGUGUCAUCUGAAAAGAAAUCUGCUAUUUCUAAUGAAAAAUAAGACAAAGAGUUGUGGAGCCUCUGAGUUAGUAAUCCUGGAGCGGUGCUGUAUUGUGGAGUUACAGAAUAAAGCGGAUGUUUCAGUAGUGCUCAAGUUUCAGAGUGGAGAGCCGGAUCUUUACCUUGAAGCUGCAUCUAGGUCUGACUGUGAAUCUUGGGUUGUGGCACUCGGAGAGGCAAAUUCUGAAGGUCUGCGCAAUAAAAUCCGGCAGCUCCAGAGAGUGAUCAUGGAAAUCAAGGAGGAGAGAACAGCAGAUGAAGUGCAGCAGUUUCUUCCAUCAGCACAAGCAGACCAUCUUGCGGAGCCUAAGCUUACAAGUCUUAAGAGGGCUGUCAGUGAACCAAAAUUUGAAUUCAGUCUUGCAUGCAAAGACCUAGUGGCUCCUACGCGUGAUCGAAAACUGAAUACAUUUGUGCAGAUCACGGUGGUACAUCCAGGAGAACAGAACUCAACAAGAUAUGCAAGCACGGAAAUUGUGGAGGGAACAAGAGACCCACUGUUUCUGACUGGCGUGACGUUCCCACCAGAUUACCCUAUCUAUGAGGAGACCAAAAUAAAACUAACCGUCUAUGAUGUCAAGGAUAAAUCUCAAGACACGGUCCGCACCAGCAUCCUGGCAGAAAACAAAGAGCCAAGGACAGAUACUGCGAGAAGCUUCCUGGGUUGCGCUACAUUUAAAGUAGGCGAGUUGGUGAAAUCAAAGGAGCAACAAUUGACUCUUAGCCUGCGGAGCUCGGAUGGUGGAAAGUCAUUUGGCACGAUAGACGUCAGCUUUGUGAAGAUGGGGGAGACAGAGGAUGGGGAGGCAGAUCACAUCACAACAGAUGUGCAGGGACAAAAGUGUGCCUUGGUUUAUGAGUGUACAUCUCUGGAAAACAUCAAUAGUAAAGACAAUUUACCUUUAUUAAAUGCAGUGUUAAAAAAUCCGGUCUGUAAGUUGUAUAGAUUCCCCACUUCUGACAACAAGUGGAUGUGUGUACGGGAACAGAUGUCUGAGAGUACUCUUUCUUUUCAUAUUCCCAAGGAACUCAUCAACCUGCACAUAAAGGAGGAUAUGAGAAGGAAUCAAGAUCUUAAAGAACUUGGGGAACUUGCUCCACAUUGGGACAACAUGCGGAGAAGUGUUAUUUCACACUGUGAUCAAAUGUUGAACCUCUACCAAAAUAUGCUUGCAGAACUUGGGAAGUAUACAGGCUCUUCCUUUAAAUCGAGCUGCAGUAAAGGGGAAAAGACACUAGAAUUUGUUCCAAUCAAUCUACAUCUGCAGAGAAUGUAUGUGCACAGUCCACGGUUAAAAGAUGUUCUUUAUGAUGUCAUCACAGUAGGAGCCCCUGCAGCACAUUUUCAGGGAUUUAAAAAUGGUGGUCUUCAGAAACUAUUGAAUAAAUUUGAGGCAGAAAGACGAAAUACUGGGUACCAAUGUAUUUACUAUUCACCUGAAAACACAGCCAAGGCAAAAGAAGUUCUUAGUAACAUCAAUCAUCUGCAGCCUCUCAUAUCAAGCCAUGCAGACCUGCUGCUUAAUUCUGCAAGGCAGCAUUUGCCAGACAGCUUGAAGAAUUCCUUAAAGAUGCUUUCAGAAACGACAGAGUUAUUUGUGCAUGCAUUUAAGGAUCAGCUGAUCAGAAGUGCCCUUUUAGCUCUAUACACAGCCCGCCCAGGUUGUGUCCUGAAAAAACCAACUGUGCCAAGGAAUAGUGCUGAGGAGAGUGGCACUCAGCCAAAUCAGGAUCAUCCAUCCCAGAUUAAGAGGCAGGAUUCUAUACCUCACCAUUCAGAAUAUGAUGAGGAAGAGUGGGAUAGGGUGUGGGCCAAUGUGGGAAAGAGUUUAAACUGCAUUAUUGCAAUGGCGGACAGAUUGCUUGAAAAAGACAACGCCCCCAGCAUCACUAAGGAAAAUGAAAGUGACCCUUCACCGGCAGAACACGUGGCAUCUCAUAUAAGUGGUGACUGGUAUGAACAGCUUUAUCCCCUCACAGUUACACUGAAGGACUGUAUUGGAGAGGUGGUGACAAGGGCAAAGGAGUCCAUGUCUUUUGUUCUGCUUCAGGAGCUUGCAUGUAGUUUGCCGCAAUGUUUAAUGCUGACCCUAAGAAGAGAUAUUGUCUUCAGUCAAGCACUUUCUGGAUUGGUCUGUGGAUUUAUAAUCAAAUUACAUUCUAGUUUACGUGAUCAAAGCUUCCUACAGCAGCUUCAUACAGUGGGGUUAAUUGUACAGUAUGAAGGACUCCUCAGUACAUAUAGCGAGGAAAUCGGAAUGCUAGAAGACAUGACGGUGGGGAUAUCAGAUUUACAAAAAGUAAUGUUUAAAAUAACUGAAGCCAAAUCAGAUGACCUCUUGCCUAUUAUAACUGGAAGGCGGGGACAUUAUGUAAUAGAAAUCAGACUUCCAGAAAAAAUGUUUGCUCUUCUGCCACAAGAGAUUAAAGAAGGGAAAAUGCUCCAUGUAUAUCCAGUUCUCUUUAAUGUUGGAAUCAAUGAACAGCAAACUCUUGCAGAAAGGUUUGGAGAUACCUCCUUGCAAGAAAGUGUUAACCAGGAGAAUUUGGAACUGCUAAAAGAGUAUUACAAGUUGUUUACGGAAAAAAUGCCUCCAGAUUGCCUGCCGCAUUUUCAAGAACAGAAUGACUUAAAAGGAUUACUAGAAAAUCUCCAUCAAAAUAUUCAGGCUAAAAAAAGAAAGAAUGUAGAAAUUAUGUGGCUGGCAGCAACGAUUUGCCGCAAGCUAAAUGGAAUCCGCUUCACUUGUUGUAAAAGUGCCAAAGAUAGGACAUCAAUGUCAGUGACACUGGAACAAUGUUCCAUUUUAAGAGAUGAACAUCAGCUGCACAAAGACUUCUUUAUCCGAGCGCUGGACUGUAUGAGGAGAGAAGGAUGCCGCAUAGAGAAUGUACUGAAGAAUAUCAAAUGCAGAAAGUAUGCUUUCAACAUGAUUCAGCUGAUGGCUUUCCCAAAGUACUACCGACCACCAGAGGGAACAUAUGGAAAAGCUGACACCUAAGCAUUAGACCCCCAAAAUUAAAAUGUGUGCAGGAGCACACAGCCAUUCUCAUUAGUUAACACAAAUCGCUUUGUGUACCUCUCAGAUUGCGAGUAUGUAAGAGGGGGGGAAUACAAAUACCUAGGACCUGUUCUUACCAAACUGUACUGUCAUUCAAAAGAAAACAUCAAUAAACUAUGGUAGGUUGAGUGUUCUGGCAACCAGCCAUUUGUUAAUCAACACAGCCUUUUAAUAAGUGGUACACUGUAUCUCAUAAUCAGAAUUCAAGGUCUGAUCAUUAGUCAGAUGGAAGAUCAAAGGUUGAGUCAGUAAGUGUCACUAUGAGCCUGGACUUGAACUUAAAGCCCACAGCAGUGAAUUGUCUGUGAUGUUACCUACUGGAUUAUGGUCAAAGCUAAAGCAGUGCAUAAGAUCCAUGAUACAUUUGGCUGCAGUGCAUAAGAUCCAUGAUACAUUUUGAAAAGAAAUGUUAAUCUUGGUGACUUUGCAUUAUUAAAUAUUUGGUGAUAUCGCCUGCUUUUCUGGAUGAUUUUUGCAGUUCCAGCAACAUAAGUUGUUAACAUUUUUUAAAAAACACA